AUGGAGGGGCAUUUCAAGGAAAGUACCGUGGAGGUCCGGCCGAAGCGCGUCCGCACGAUGAGUCGGACCGAACUAGGGAAGGACUCUCUGAUCGCAUCGACUUCGUGUGCGGCGCCCCUUAGCGAAAUAAAAAGGGGCGAACACGGUGGUGGAAGCGGCCUUGCCGAUGUCGAGGAUUCGGUUUGUUCUAAAGUGGAGCCAUCUGAAUCACCGUCUAUGCAUUCGUUCGCGGAGGUGUACGACCACACUGCGCAGAGGAUUACCGACCAAAAUCAAUUCCCAGAAAGGAUUCUACAACAUCCGGCCUCGAACGUAUGUUUCGCGUUUGAUUUAAUGCGAUUGUCGUUUUCAGAUCUUCGUGCCGGAUCGGUGGCGUCGCGUCUGCCCAUUUUUGUGCGUCUUCUGGAAGAAUAUGAGUCCUGGGGUGUGGGCACCACCCAACGACUGCGGGAGGAUGGAUAG